UGUCUCCCAUCGGGGCCUGCAAGUCUAAAUAUGACUACUUGAUACACAGUCGUUGUCGAGCUACGAGCACAUAGAUCCAACUUCAUGUCACUACCUGUUCUACCGACGGAGGUCUGGGAGUGCGUAAUUGACCAUCUGGCGUAUGCGAUGCUAUCACAAGCUCUCAAGAAUUGCACGCUUGUCUGCAAAGCCUGGUUCCCCAGAAGUCGCUACCAUUAUUUUCGCCGCGUCUUCCUCAGAGAGCAAAAGCGUGUUGUACGACUGGCGGAGCUCGUCAAGACAAGCCCCAUCCAUGGGAAGGCGCUGUUGCAGGUCCUUUUCAAAGGUGGCCAGCACCCCGGCGGCCAGCACAAACCUAUCCCAGAGUUUGGAACCUUUGCGGCUAUGCUCGCACGAAGGCUACCGAAUCUGCGACAAAUCGGCAUCACAUACGCGGACUGGCAGCCAGCCACCUUUCAUCCCCAAAUCUUCCUACAUCUAUCUGCAUUCACAUCAGUCACCCAGCUUACCCUGUACAGCAGCGUCUUCUCGUCCGUAGACGUGUUCGGUCGCCUUGUUUGUUCACUGCCAAAUCUCUCCGCUAUCGCGACCUUCGACCUUACCUUCCUGAAACGGCCCUUCAAUUCCCGUACUUUCUACGCGCCUCGAACCAAUAUCGUCCAUGUAUCCUUCAAUGGUAGCGGGGUCCCGGAUGUUGUGGACUUCUUCGUCCAGAGCAGGAUCGCUUCGCAGCUC